CUCACAACUCCAUCAUCAUGCAGUUCACUCUCGCCGCCGCUGUCCUCGCCCUCGCUGGCUUCGCCGCUGCCAGCCCCACCUACAAGUCGGUCGGCGCCUGCGCCGUCGGCGAGCCCCAGUGCUGCGCCAAGCGCCACUCGGGCGACGACGCCUCGAAGCUGGCGUCGCUCCUCGGCCUCGAGGACGUCGUCGGCGACAUCGCUGUCUCGUGCGACCAGAUCCCCAUCAACAUCAUCGGUGUGGCGGCGGCCGUGCAGAACCAGUGCAAGAGCGCUCCCGUCUGCUGCGACCAGACCAGCCAGGACGGCCUCGUGCAGCUCGGCUGCACCAACGCUCCCCUCCAGUAAAUCGCCUCUAGCGAUCUCUGGGCGAUGUUCGACGCAAGCAGCUGCACCUCUUCCUCCCCUCUAACACGACAGGCGAGGGUCCUGACAUCCGCUGGACCCUGAUCACUCACCUACAACUACUCUGCACUGGCUCGUCGAUACCCUCAUCUCUUACCUGUCUCGAUGUCCUCUUACCUACCAUCCUCAUCCGCACCUCCUAAUCUCACAAUCCUUCAC